CAUAACAGACCUCACAUAGCUUUGGUGUCAACUUCCCACUAGCUCGAGCUGUGUUGACACGUACUCUAAAAAGUGCCCUAUAAUACCACGUAAUUAUUGUGGAAGCUGUUUCGGGAUCAGUGUGCCUUCAGGACACACGCGCAUUAGCUAACGGACGUGUAUAGGAGAUCAAACCAAGUCGGGUCAGUUGGUAUACUGGUAUCGUGUGGAGUGCACUACCUCGCUGCUUCUAAAGUUCUCUACCAACACAGGAAAGACAAUGGGAGGUUGCUUCAGCGGUGGAUCGACCGGACCAAGCGGUUACAAAUCAAAGUUCAAACGAGACGCCCUCAAGGCCCACAACAAGUACAGGUCCAUGCAUGGCGCCCCCAACAUCAAGAUGAAUGGCAACGUCAGCAAAUACGCGCAGGAGUGGGCCAAUAAGCUGGCAAAGAAUGCGCAGCUUCAGCACAGAUCGGAGCACAAGUACGGAGAGAACAUCUACUGGGGAAGCGACUCUAGAGGACUGGAGGAAAUGACAGGAGACAAAGCAGUCAAGUCUUUCUAUGAUGAAAUCAACAGAUAUAACUUCAGCAGCGGAGGCUUCUCCUCAGGAACAGGUCAUUUUACGCAAGUUGUAUGGAAACAAUCCAAAAGUCUCGGCAUCGGUGUGGCAGUUAAUCCUCGUAACCAAAAUGAAGUCUUCGCUGUGUUCAACUACGAUCCCCCUGGGAACGUGAGCGGGAAAUACAAGGAGAAUGUGCUACCAAGCAAGAAACGAUAAGAACAAACAAUUUGGCGGGAAAUGUCAGUUGACAAAGACCGCUAGAAGUGUCGAUUGUAGAAAGCCUAAAGUACGUCUACUUUAAAGGCACUGGACACCUUUGGUAAUAUUAAUUUUUGUCAAAGACUCACUUGGUGUAUCCCAACAUAAUGCAUUAAAUAACUAAUCUUUGAAAAGGUUUGUCAUUGAAAUUGCAAGAAAAUACUAAAAAGAGAAAAACAAAAUUGUUGCACAAUUGUUUGCUUUCAAAUGCCCAAUAAAGGAGUCAAGCCUGAGAUCUUUUAAUUUGAGUGAGAAUUUACCUCUUUCUCAAAAACUACGUUACUUCAGAGGGAGCCGUUUCUCACAAUGUUUUUCAACAACUCUAUAAUUAUUGCUCUUUAAUUACCAAAAUACAUGUUAUGCUAACAAUUGUGUUGAGUAAUAGUGUCCAGUUCCUUUAAAACAAUUUUCACUUUUUUAAGGACAGAGUUCCGCUUUCUAAACUUUCGUAAAAUUGUUCACUUAUUUUGGAAACAAAAUAUUUGAUUGUGUAUUUCUUUAAACCGCCGCUUUCAUUGUUAGUAUAAAAAACACUGUGGCCAAAAGUACAGUUGCUUCGAAAACUGUUAGCACAGUAAUUAUACCAUCCAUUCCUUGCAAUAGUAUAGAGGGCGUGCUUCUUAUCACAGCAGUAACGGUAGUUGGGAUAAAUCUUUCUUUUUAAAACCCUCUUUUCAUGUAUAUAAUAUUUUUUAUAAGUUGUCCACGAAUAAUAAUUAUUGUAAUGCAUGUGAUUUAUUUCUAGUCAAAAGAUAUCUCAGUGGGUUUGAAAGCGUUACAAGCGCAAAUCACAACUGGAUUUAUGUAAUAACUAUGUUUGUCAAAACUUUGGAUUGAAUGUGAUUUUCUAAAUAAUGAUUAUCGUUUACUUAAAAUUUUAUUGGACUAAUUCAUAGAUAAAUUCUUUUCAUUUUGUUGUUCACUUGCUUUCAACGACAUUGCGCAUACUUAUCGAUAUUUUAUUAUCAGGACAAACAGAGCUGCCGAGGCACAACAAUGCGUAUCCGAAGAAUAAAGGUAACAUGGUAACAUGAACAAGUUGUGAAUGGUGCUCAUUUCUGCUAAGCUAACAAAUUAAUGUUUGUACUAUUUUCUGCUUAAAGCUCAAUGUCGGAAUAGUACCGAGACUUAGUUUCCCCUCGUUUACUCAAGUUUCCUCUAUCGGAUUUUCAAGCUGGGGUUUUGCUUUUGAACUAGCCCUACUAUUAAUUGUUCACACAUAUUUUUUAUUAUAAAAUAAUGUUAUACAUGUCAGUAAAGUCAAUAAAAUUUAAGGUGUGCCAUGAUACCCAAA